AAAUUAUUGAACCUUCAGGAUUUGUUGAACCUUUAGUAAAUAAAAGCAAUCAAGAACGUAUUGAAGGCAAAAAAGCCUUUGUGACUAAUUUUACAAAGGUUCGACAACAAGCAUAUUCUACAAUUGAAUAUGAAAUUUAUACAAUUCCUACAAUUCCUAAACAAGUGGAUGAUAUUCCUCUGGUAGAAAAUGAAGAUUCAGAAACCGAUCCAAAGAUAGAAAAUCAGGAAAUAUUACAGGAUGAUGAAACUUUACGUUAUGUGUCCACAAGUCUGUCCAAUUUUGAAAGAAUUGAAACUUUAGCUAUUUUAUUAAAAGAGUCAAAACGAUACAACUUGGAUUUGACACCAAAAUUUGUAUCUUGUCGCGGAGAGCUUAUUGAACUCUUGAUUAGCUCUGGAGUUGCAAGAUAUUUGGAAUUUAAAGCAAUGGAUAAGACUUAUAUCUAUUCUAUAGAUGCGUUUGAUAAG